GAUGGUAACCUGAAGGAGAAUGUUUCCGAUGAGGCAAAAAAGAAAGAGAAGCCGAAGAAGGUUAAGAAGCCUAAGGUAACUGUGGCUGAGGCAGCUGCGAAGAUCGACGCUGCGGAUCUUGCUGCUUUCCUCUCCAACGUUUUGGUGUCGUAUGAGGGCCAGCAGGAAAUACAAUUGAUGAGAUUUGCAGAUUAUUUUGGGCGUGCAUUUUCAGCAGUGAGCGCAUCGCAGUUUCCUUGGCUGAAGUUGUUCAGGGAGUCUACGGUGGAAAAAAUUGCUGAUGUCCCUGUCUCGUAUAUUUCCGAAACUGUUUACAAGACGUCAGUUGACUGGAUUAAUCAUUGUUCCUAUGAUGCACUUGGUUCUUUUGUGUUGUGGUCAUUGGAUGGCAUCCUUGCUGACUUGACAACCCAACAGUUGGGGUCUAAGGUCUCAAAGAAAGGAGGGCAACCAACAUCCUCGAAGUCUCAGGUUCAUGACUUAUACAAACAGGACAAGAUCUAUAUCGACAACAUAGAGGUUAGUGUUGCAGCCUUGAGGAAGCUUUCCAAGGAGUGCAAGGAGAUACCAUUGGAGCUGUCUUCUCUUGAAGCAUUGAGGCAAACUAUUAAAAUUUUCCGGCAAAAAAAUGAGAAUGCAUUAGCUGGUGGGUUGGAUGUUGCUCGCCAAGCUUUGUUCAAGGAUGCAGACAAAUACUGUAAGGUAAUAUUGGACAAAAUAUCACGUGGGCACAGUUGUGCCAGAACUAUGGCCUUUGCAUUUGUGGUACUGGCAGUAGGAGUAGCCGUAAUCUCCCCAAAGCUGGAUGAAUGGGAUUGGGACAAGUUUACGGCUUUGUUCAAUGCUCACUAACCUUCCUAGAAACAAAUUUACAGCCAAAUCUGAGAGAGUCAAGGCAUUAGUUUUUUAUCCUUUAAAGUGGGCAAAACUAACCACAUUUGCGGGAAUAAAGUUGCAGAAGAGCUAGGUCUUUGUGUAAUAGCGAUUACAGAUAGUGUUACUUAAAAUAGAAUAGAUGGAAAAUUAUUGCCGUGGAAAAGAAGCAAAUUCUGUUGUGGCAUUUCGAACUGUUUUUGCUUAUUUACUUUUUUGGUUUAGGGAGGUCAUCCUUGAAGCAAUUCAGCUUAACACUUCGUGUUUCUGCAAAAUGAUAGCCGGAAUCCAUGCUUGUUUUUUCUUUGUUUCUAUUUCUGUGUUUUGGGAGAUUUCAUUUGGAAGGAUACUGGGUAUGCAUGGUUACAUGUUAUUA